AACAGAAUCUUACCAAGUAAACAAUUUUGUUAUGAUUGCGUAAUUUUUGAAAUGUAUAUCACGUUCUUGCAGCCUGAUUUUUAUCAAUAAAUUAUGAUAACAGAUAAAAUUGUGCCUCAUCCUCUACGUUUGUAGGUUUCUGUCGAAACGGUUAAAAUUUCUCUUGAUUUUGAAUCUUAACAAAACCAAAACUUACGUCUGUCUUUCCAAAAUGCCACAAGCUUGGUACAUAGACGAUGCAAAAACAGACCCUCAAAGUGAACACCACUUAAAUCCUCCUCAGUUUAUUGAGAUUGAGAGACUUUAUUCUUUAUGCGGUGUUGAACACUGGAAAGUUGAUGUUGAUAGUCUUCAAUGCGAUGAGGAAUUCAAAAAGGUUCGUAAAGAUCGGGGUUACGAUUGGGACGACCAAGUCGAAGUUUCUCGUGGUACCCUGCCAAAUUAUGAUGCUACAAUUAAAAAGUUUUACACCGAGCAUUUGCAUGAAGACGAAGAAAUUAGAUUGUUUUUGGCUGGCAGUGGCUAUUUUGAUGUGAGAGAUAAAAAUGAUAAAUGGAUCCGUAUCAAGGCCGAAAAAGGUGAUCUCUUAGUUUUGCCUGCAGGUAUCUAUCACAGAUUUACUACUGAUGCUACAAAUUAUGCCAAAGUAAUGAGAUUGUUUUGUGGAAAUCCUGUUUGGACGGCUAUUGACCGUCCUGCUGAUGAUAAUCCAUCUCGAUUGAAGUAUUUAAAAACAAUUUCUGCCAUGAAUUAAUUGAAAAGUUUUUUUUUUACAAAAUCUGUCAUAGAUUCAUCACUAAUACUACAAGUUAUGCAAAAGUUAUAAGAUUAUUUUGUGGAGCUAUUCCACCUUCUGUUAAUAAUAAUCCAUCUCAAUUAAAAUGUUUAAAAACAAUUUCUGCCAUCAGUCAAUUGAAAAAGUUUUUACAAAAUCUGCAAUAAGAUUCCUGUUUUUGAAAAAGGAAUUUUUUAGCCUGUUAUAAUAAAAGAAAUAUAUUUUUACAUGUUCAGAAAGUUGUUAAUUUUUUACCUAAUAAGAUAUUUUUGUCUUAUUUUUACAAUGCUACAGAAAAGUUGAUGUUUCUGUUAAAAAAAUAUAACUAUUUUUGUAUUAGUCUCCUUCCCUGUUGUUCAAAAAUACAUUAAAGGCAUUAACCUUACUAUAAA